AGUGUAGAUUGUCCCACUACCAGAUCCGUAGGUAUGUUUCCGGAAGUGCUAUUAUUGUUUGGGAAUGACUAUAGCGAAGAUUUGUUAUAACUAGACCAAGAUAGACACAGCCUGUUGUUUCCAAUGGGAACAAAUUAGUCACAGUGGGCAGAACAAGGAAAGAGGUGGUUAGAGCCAAUCACGAACUAGCAAGAUCCUAUUGGCGCGUUCUAGCAUUUAUCUGCAUAUUUCCGUUACUUCCCCCUCCUCGCCUUGACGUUCCUUGUAAACAACGUGAUUUAAAAUUUAAAAAAUCGCACAUGGUACACUCUGUUCAUAACAUGAAAUAGUUUGGGGAACAGAAAAUUGUUUUGAGAUCAAAUUUCAUCGACGAGCAAAAUGUCGUUCCAUAUUCUCCCACUAACGGCCAGUAGAUUUCCUGGCACUAUCAUUUUUGGUAGUGAAUGGAAAGGCUAAGCGGAUGCUUUACAUUUUAUACAUCCGGUGAAAUGUCUGUCUCAUUGUUCUAUCUGUGAUUUUAGUGUUGGCUCUGUAACUAUCAAACGCUAGUUACCUAACUGUCAUAAGCUUGCGGUCUUUCAAUGCCUAUGGUAUUUCUUUGUUCGAAUAUCCUCAUACAGUAAAUGCUACAUCUUAUAUCUAGAAAGUAUUACAAUUGUUAUUAGGACCGUCAUUGAAAGAGACAACAUCCAACAGUAGCUAGCCUGCUAACGGUAGCUAGCUAGCUUCCUAGCCUUUUGAUGAGUUGGAUCGUAACACUGACCCACCUGAACAAAAGUACCUAAAUGUUACGAACUCUUAACUGUAGCUAGCUACACAUAGACAGUUUGCUAUGAUGUCUGAAGCCAUCAUAACCUUCCAGUCUCAGCUCUCCGGAGUCAUGGAGACUGUAUUCAAGGCUGCUAUGUACGAGAUCACCAGACUGGUGGACGAUAGCUUCCUGAAGGAGAUGUCCCGCAGCCGGGAGCAGGUCGAGUCACUGAAGAAGCGGCUGCAGUGGUCGGAGAACAGACGCAGGGAUAGGGACAAAGAGCGAGACCGGAGGGGGAAGUGUGCGGACUGUGGGAGAGCUGACGAGGAAGCCGAGGAGAGAAGGUCUGGAACCUCACAGACAGGUGUGGAGAGGGGGCGUGGCCUGAAGCAGGAGGAGUGGAGCAGCUGUGGGGGCGUGGCCAGGGAAACAGCAUUCAAUGAUCUGGAGGAGGCUGAGGCCACCAGCCCUAGGAGAAUCUCUGAGUCCACAGAGGUCGGAGGUCAGAAGCUGGACAGCCUGCUGAAAGAGGAGCCUCUCCACAACACUGAGCUACAGGAGAGAUGGGGCGUCUGCCUGGAUGGGGCCGAUGGUUCAGACAUCUCAGGGCCCAGUAAGAGUUUUAUUCAGCAGGAUCUACAGCGGUGCCAGGAUGACUGGGCUUCUGGUCUAGACCAGCAUCCUGAACCACCUUGCCCCGAGGGAGACCCAGGAGACCCCAGCCAACCUCUCUACCGCCCCCGCUACAGCAUUGAGGAACUGGGGGACGGCUUUGAGAAGUCUGGUUACGGCAGUAGUGGUAGUGGCGACCAUCUUCUAGACAUGGAAGGGCUGGAUAGGCUUCCUGGUUCCCAGUCUCGUCUGGGGGGGCUGAGCUACAGAGCUGCAGGUCACUACCAGGUGGACCUGGGAGGGUCUGAGGGGGGAGACCAUCGCUCCCACAUGCCUCGCUCCCAUCGGAGCCGGAGGGAGCAGGUGGGGUCGCCAAUGCCAUCCCCCCACCCGGAGGUGGGAGACCUGAACUGCCUGUUGAUCAAUGAGGAGGGGUACCUGCAGGACUCCAGCGUCUUGUACCCUGAACACGGUGUCCCAGAGUCAGGUAGUAGAGCCGGCCACAGGGGGCUAACCUCCAUCCACGCUGGAAGCUCAGCCCACAACAACAACACAGACAGCCUGUAUGGUGCUGCUGACGACUUUGGACUCUCUUUAAACCUCAGAGAUCGUUCACAAGAGCAGGUAACAGGAGGAGGGGGGAGGUGUCAUGCCUGCAAUCAGUGCAGCAUGACCUUCCCAGACUCUGGUUCUCUCAAGGUCCACAAGCAGAAACACAAAACAGGGAGAAAGUCGAGUACAGGGUCAGGGUCUGUGCCUCUGUACUCCUGCACCCAGUGCGGUAAGACCUUCACCCAGGCCUGCAACCUCAAGGUCCACCAGCGAGUCCACCAGGCCAAGGGACUCCACCUCUGCAGCCACUGCGGCAAGGGCUUCACCUCCUUCUCCGACCUGAAGAGGCACAAGUGCAGCCAGACCACAGACAAGCCCUACUGCUGCUCCAUCUGUGGGAACAAGUUCAGUCGGCUCUGGAACCUGAAGGUGCAUCAGCGCAUUCACACGCAGGAGAAACCCCACUGCUGCAAUAUGUGUGACAAGAGCUUCACACGGGCAGACAUUUUGAAAGUGCACCUGCGCACCCACACUGGGGAGAGACCGUACUGCUGUUCUGUGUGUGGACUCAGCUUCAAACGACUGGCACAUCUGAAGUCACACCAGCGCAAACACAGGCCAAAUCUCCUGGACUGAUUUUUUUAUUGAUAAUUUUUUUUGUUAUAUAGCAGACACUUACAAUUGCUACAUGAAUCUUCGGACAGCUAGUUUUAUUAUUUUAUUUGACAUUGAGAACAUUUCUUGUGAUCAGUUCUUUAUUAAUAAGGACAUUGAAAAUAUGAACAUGUUUGCUGUGAUCUAGUGUACAUUAAAUUAGGCAGCUCUGCUAUUCUUACAACUUUGCCCAGUCAAAAAGGCGGAACUACUUUUCUAUGAGUUCUGAUCCUUCUAGCCUUGAUUUUCAUUUUUAUAACAUAUACAGUAUUUCACUUUUUAAUAUGUAUAGUUUUUACUAGGUGUUGUCCAAUUAAUUCUGUAACCCUCUUCAAAUCAAGUUUGAUUGGAAAAUGCUGUUCAAAUGAGGACAUGCAUUAUCAAAUCUUUGUACUGAGUUUAAUCUUUGUUUUCAUUUAACAUGCCGUACAAAUGAAGGCAUUUUAAUAAAUUAUUUUCAGAGUG